CAUAUGUAAACUUCGAAACUGCAACAAAAUGGAGGCAUUUGCCAGUAAAGUUAGAAUAAGAAAUAAUAUUAUUCGUGAAACGUUUGCUGAAUUUUUAGGAACCUUCACUCUAAUAAUAUUUGGAGAUGGAUCUGUUGCACAAGCUGUUUUGAGUCGGAAUACGGUUGGAAAUCACAUGUCUAUACAUUGGUCAUGGGGUAUAGGUGUAACAAUGGGAGUUUACAUAGCUGGUGGCAUUUCAGGGGGACAUUUGAAUCCAGCUGUUACCGUGGCCCUGGCCUGCAUCAAGAAAGUCCCAUGGAAGAAAGUACCAUUCUAUAUGAUAGGCCAGUACUUGGGAGCUUUCGUUGCCUCAGUUACGAUCUAUUUUGUGUAUUACGAUGCUCUGAAUAAUUUUGAUGGAGGAAACAGGAUGGUAUCGGGACCGAAUGGCACAGCUGGUAUCUGGGCAACAUAUCCACAGGAUUUUGCCUCAGUAGCUACAUGUAUAGGUGACCAGCUUCUAGGAACAGCGAUGCUUCUGUGUUGUGUACUUGCAGUAACAGAUGACAGAAAUAUGGAAACACAUAAAGGAUUAAUACCAUUCUCCAUUGGUUUAAUAGUUGUUGCCAUAGGAAUGACCUAUCAUUUUAACUGUGGAUAUGCCAUUAAUCCUGCACGUGACUUAGGUCCUAGAAUAUUCACUGCUAUUGCAGGGUGGGGUGUGGAAGUAUUCAGUUAUAAUGACUACAAAUAUUUCUGGAUACCUGUUUUGGGUCCACACGUAGGAGCCAUAUUGGGGGCCUUUUUAUAUCAGUUUCUGAUAGGAUUCCAUUGGUCAGAAGUGGUUGAGAUUACUAGUGAUAUACCGAUCAAAGAGAUUAAAAACACAGUUGUUAAAGAAAAAACAGGACAUACCUACGACAACAGAAGCCUGUCUCCAGAUUCCUAGCACAGCAUGUGAUAUCAACUGAAAUGUGCUGUUUUCAUAGUUUUAAUACUGAACGAACAUUGUUCAAACUUUUUAAAACAUUUAUCAUGCCACACGUUUUUUCUACAUUACAUUAGUUUUAAUGCAUUUCUAGAAUUUAUUUAAUUUAAAAAAAAAUGAGAUUG